GGCGCCCGAUGGCGGGCGUGGAGCUCUUCUCGCACCCCGCGCUCCACACUCGGUACCGGGCCGGGCUCUGCUCCGCCGCUGCGCUGGCGCUGCUGCUCAUCGCCGUGCUCACCUACGUGCCGCCGCUGCUGGUGGCCUACCGCAGCCACGGUUUCUGGCUGAAGCAGAGCGCGUACCGUGAGCAGCCCACCGUGCGGUUCCGGUACGAGGUGCUUUUCGUGGCAACUACCGGGCCCGGCCCGGGCAGUUUCUUGGCGUGGAGCACGUUCCCAGCGUUCAACCGGCUCCAGGAGGACAGACUGCGAGUCCCGCUUCUGUCGGUAGGCGUACCGGGCGGUGCUGGCGGGGACGCGGGUCGCGUUGGUGGUGCCCGUGAGCGAGCGGCCGGGUGCGCACCGCUGCCUUCGAGGAGCAGCAGCCUCGUGCCUAACUUCGCGCCUCAUGGCACGACUCUCUCGGGACAGACUAGGGAAGAAGACAAAAAUCAAGAUGGCAAAAUGGAUCAGUUGCAUUUUAAAUUGGAGCUUCCGCUACAACCUACCGAGCAUGUAGUUGGUGUUCAGCUGAUUCUAAUCUUUUCCUACCAGCUCUAUAGAAUGUCAACACUUGUGAUGCAGAGCAUGGCUUUUCUUCAGUUUUUUUCUCCUGUACCAGGGUCUCAGCUCUAUAUGAAUGGAGACCUGAAACUGAACCAGAGGCAAUUACUUAACCACUGUGGACUGGAUACCAGAUACAAUGUGUCUGUGGUCAAUGGCACAAGUCCUUUUGCAGCUGACUAUGAUCUAACAAACAUCAUUGCAGCAUAUCGAGAUAGAAAUGUGACAACAGUUUUUUCAGAUCCCAACCCUGUUUGGAUGACUGGAAGAGCAGCAGAUACACCAUUCAUCAUUAAUGCUACAAUUCGUUACCCAGAGGAAGUUAUCCUAUAUCAGCCAGGAUUUUGGGAAAUUAUUAAAUUUGCCUGGAUCCAGUAUGUCAGCAUUCUCCUUAUCUUUCUCUGGGUCUUUGGUUGGAUUAAAAUGUUUGUGUUCCAGAAUCAGGUGUUCACUACAACUCCAAUAUCACCAGUUCUGCCAUUGUCUCCAGUGUUGUCCUACAAGCAGCAUCAGUCCUGAGGAAAUGCCUGAGAAAACUUUAAAGAAACCCAGUUCAAAAAUAAGUACCUGCUUUUAUUGUCUGUACACACUUUUUACUUUGAAAGAUAGAACUUGGUAUGUAUGUUCUGAGUACGUUCCCUUUUUGCUAUAUGUUGCUAUGACAUUAUGUAAUUUUUCCGUUUUAAAAUGUUCAUUCAUGCAUUUCUGUGGGAACAUUGCUCUGGGACUGAAAUGUUUAAUUUUGGACAGUUAAACAAAACCCCAUAAAACA